GGGCUCCCGGCAGCCCCCGCGGCCCGGAGUCCGUCCCCGCCUCCUCCGGCCGAGCCGGACCGACGAGUCCGGAGGGGCCGUCGCGGGAGAUUUUCCUCGUACACAACUCAUUCAUCUAUUCAGCAAAUACUUACUGAGUGCCUCUGAUAUGCCUGAUCCUUUUCUAGGUGCUGGGGGCUACAGAGCCCCCAGGUUUCCCCAGAUGCCAAUCAAACGUUCCUCUUCCUGCCUGAAGAUCAUCUGCGGAAACCUCGGCCAUGGCAUCAGUAUCAGAACCGGUUACCUUCAGAGAGUUCUGCCCUUUGUACUAUCUCCUCAAUGCCAUUCCCACAAAGGUGCAGAAGGGUUUCCGCUCCGUCGUGGUCUACCUCACAGCUCUCGACACCAAUGGGGACUACAUCGCGGUGGGCAGCAGCAUCGGCAUGCUCUAUCUGUACUGCAGACACUUCAACCAGAUGAAGAAGUACAACUUUGAGGGGAAAACGGAACCCAUCACAGUGGUGAAGCUGCUGGCCUGCUUCGACGACCUCGUGGCCGCGGGCACAGCCUCUGGGAGAGUUGCUGUUUUUCAGCUUGUGUCUUCCUUGCCAGGGAGAAAUAAACAACUUCGGAGAUUUGAUGUCACCGGUAUUCACAAAAAUAGCAUAACAGCUCUGGCUUGGAGCCCCAAUGGAAUGAAAUUGUUCUCUGGAGAUGACAAAGGGAAAAUUGUCUAUUCUUCUCUGGAUCUAGACCAGGGCGUCUGUAACUCCCAUUUGGUGUUAGAAGAGCCAUCUUCAAUCGUGCAGCUGGAUUAUAGCCAGAAAGUUCUGCUCGUGUCUACACUACAAAGAAGCCUGCUUUUUUACACGGAAGAGAAGUCUGUCAAGCAGAUUGGAACACAACCAAGGAAAAGCACUGGGAAAUUUGGAGCUUGUUUUAUACCAGGGCUCUGUAAGCAAAGUGAUCUGACUUUGUAUGCGUCACGGCCUGGGCUCCGGCUCUGGAAGGCGGACAUCCAUGGGACUGUUCAAGCCACGUUUAUCUUAAAAGAUGUCUUUGCCGGAGGAGUCAAGCCUUUCGAACUGUACCCGCGUCUGGAAUCCUCCAACAGGGGAAGUUGCAGCUUACCUGAGAAGCACCUGGGGCUCGUUUCAUGUUUCUUCCAAGAAGGCUGGGUGUUGAGUUGGAAUGAAUAUAGCAUUUACCUUCUAGACACCGUCAACCAGGCUACAAUUGCUGGUUUGGAAGGAUCUGGUGAUAUCGUGUCUGUUUCCUGCACAGAAAAUGAAAUAUUUUUCUUAAAGGGAGAUAGGAACAUUAUAAGAAUUUCAAGCAGACCUGAAGGACUGGCAUCAAUAGCGCGAGACAGCCUGGAGACGUCCGGGUGCACAGAGCAGGUGUCCGGGCAGCGCGCGGAGAAGCCGUCGGGGGCCACAGUUUCUGAGACGAGGCUCAGGGGCUCUUCCGUGGCCAGCUCCGUGGCCAGCGAGCCACGGAGCAGGAGCAGUUCUCUCAACUCCACCGACAGUGGCUCCGGGCUCCAGGCAGCGCCAGAGCCGGGGAGGGGUGGCCAGCCCGCCUCACAGAGAUUCAGCGUGAUCAGCUCAGAAGAGUUUGAGCAGGAGCUCGUGGUGAAGCCGCUGAAAGUGAGAAAGAAGAGGAAGAAGAAGUCAGAAGGUGGAAGCCGGAGUGCCUGCCACAGUUCCCUUGAGUCAACUCCCUGCUGUGAGUUUCCGGGUGACAGUCCCCAGUCCUUGAGCACAGAUCUGCUGUCCAUGACCUCAAGUUUGGGCAGCAUUGUGGAUCGCUCGAGCACAGAGUCUCCUGACCGGGAGAGUAACCUCAGCGGAGAGGUGAAUGGUGUCCUGCAGGAGAAUAAUGACCCCGAAGCGUUCAGUGUCCUGGAGGUGCCUGAGCCUGCCCCUGACGUACUGAAUGAAGGGCGUGACAGUAGACCUGAAAGUCCACGAUGGGACCACGCAGGCGAGACGGAGCCACACGGGGGGGUGUGGACUUCACUCUUGGAGCUGAGAGAGGCUGUGGAAGGCAGUGAUGUUACCGACCUCAGAGAGGAGCCUUGCCCCGCAGACGAGGGACUGAAUAGCAGACAGUCACCCUGGCGAGAACAGGCCCGGGAAGCAGGGGACAUGGAGCCCGAUGACCCCCAAAGCACUUUUUCUGAAGCCCCCUUCCUAGACUCACCCCCGGUGCCUUCAAGCCUCAGCUGGGCCCCCCACGCGGAGCAGCGGCUGCCGGGGACCAGAGCUGGCGAAGGCGGUGCCGAGGGGCCCGGCAAGGGGCAGGGCUUCCUAACGCACGUGGAGGCCCCCGGCCACCUCGGCUCAUCUCCCUGGCACGCUGUCACUGACAGUGACACAGGCCUAAAGGAAAUGGCGGCCUCGGAACAUGACCUGGGGAGUGCGGGAGGACGGCGGACUCCCCCGGUCUCUGCCUUGGCGACUCGCACCCGUGAGCCGCGGCUGGAGCAGCCUUCCCGGGACCAGGUGUUAACGUCCAGCGACGAGGAGGACAUCUAUGCCCAAGGGUUGCCUUCAUCUUCUUCGGAGACGAGCGUGACUGAGCUCGGGGGUAGUCGCUCCCUGCAGGACCUGAGCCAGCCCGGCACAGAAGACACCGGGCUGCUAAAGUCAGAUCAGUUUGCAGAGAGCUGGAUGGGGUACUCUGGCCCCGGCUACGGCAUACUCAGCCUGGCGGUCUCCGAGAAGUACAUCUGGUGCCUGGACUACAAAGGCGGCCUGUUCUGCAGCGCGCUGCCGGGCGCCGGGCUACGCUGGCAGAAGUUCGAAGACGCCGUCCAGCAGGUGGCAGUCUCACCCUCAGGCGCCCUCCUCUGGAAGAUUGAACAGAAAUCUAACCGAGCUUUUGCUUGUGGAAAAGUGACCAUCAAGGGAAAGCGGCACUGGUACGAAGCGCUGCCCCAGGCGGUUUUUGUGGCCCUGAGCGAUGACACGGCCUGGAUCAUCAGGACGAACGGAGACCUAUACCUGCAGACAGGUCUCAGUGUGGAUCGCCCCUGUGCCAGAGCCGUGAAGGUCGACUGUCCAUACCCACUGUCCCAGAUCACAGCCCGAAACAGCGUGGUGUGGGCGCUGACAGAGCAGAGGGCCCUCCUGUAUCGGGAGGGCGUGAGCAGCUUCUGUCCUGAAGGGGAGCAGUGGAAAUGUGACAUCGUCAGUGAAAGGCAGGCUUUGGAACCUGUCUGUAUAACCCUUGGGGACCAGCAGACUCUGUGGGCCCUGGACAUCCGAGGAAACCUGUGGUUCAGGACCGGCAUCGUUUCCAAGAAGCCUCAGGGAGAUGACGACCAUUGGUGGCAAGUGAGCAUCACAGACUACGUGGUGUUCGACCAGUGCAGCUUAUUCCAGACCAUAAUCCAUGCCACGCACUCGGUGGCCACCGCAGCCCAGGUGCCCGUCGAAAAGGUGGCAGAUAAACUGCGCAUGGCCUUUUGGUCUCAGCAGCUUCAGUGCCAGCCAAGCCUUCUCGGGGUCAACAACAGUGGCGUCUGGAUCUCCUCAGGCAAGAACGAAUUCCAUGUCGCUAAAGGAAAUCUCAUCGGCACUUACUGGAAUAAUGUUGUUCCCCGAGGGACAGCUUCUGCAACAAAAUGGGCCUUUGUGCUGGCUUCCACUGCUCCCACAAAGGAAGGAAGUUCCUUGUGGCUGUGCCAGAGCAGCAAGGACCUGUGCAGCGUCAGCGCCCAGAACGCUCAGUCCCGCCCCUCCACGGUGCAGCUGCCUCCCGACGCCGAGAUGAGGGCUUACGCCGCCUGCCAGGACGCCCUGUGGGCCCUGGACAGCCUCGGCCAGGUGUUCAUCCGGACGCUGUCCAAGAGCUGCCCCACAGGCAUGCACUGGACGAGGCUGGACCUUUCCCAGCUAGGACCUAUAAAACUGACAAGCCUGGCGUGUGGAAAUCAGCACAUCUGGGCCUGUGAUUCCAGGGGCGGAGUUUACUUCCGAGUAGGAACCCAGCCUCUCAAUCCCAGUCUGAUGCUUCCGGCCUGGAUAAUGAUUGAGCCGCCUGUCCAGCCUGCUGGGGUCACGCUGGUGAGCCUGCACUCCAGCCCCAACGACCAGAUGCUGUGGGCACUCGACAGCAGGUGGAACGUCCACGUCCGGGCGGGGAUCACCGAAGAGAUGCCGGUGGGGACCGACUGGGAGCACGUGCCAGGGCUGCAAGCCUGCCAGCUGGCCCUGAGCACCAGGACCGUGUGGGCCCGCUGCCCCAACGGCGAUCUUGCCCGGCGGUACGGCGUCACCGACAAAAACCCUGCCGGAGACUACUGGAAGAAGAUUCCCGGAAACGUGACGUGUUUCACAGUGACCUCGUCGGACGAGCUGUGGGCAGUGGGCCCCCCAGGCUACCUCCUCCAGCGGCUGACCAAGACUUUCAGCCACUCUCGAGGCGCCCACUGCGGCCACGCCCCCACCCCCCACCCCGAGGACCUGGAGGACGAGUGGGAGGUCAUCUGAAGGAGCGGGGACAGGGCGGCUCAGGAGGGAGGAAGCCGGCACGUGCAGCGGACGCAGUGCGGUGGUGGCGCUCGCUCUCGGCCAGCCAGGUGGGGCCGGGUCGGACGGCCCACGCUUGCUCUCGUCCAUGUUUGUUUCCGUCUUGUUCCAGAACCCACAGCCUCAGCCGAGCGGCCCGGAGCCGUGGCCAGAGCGGCAGCGCCUCUGAGCUCUUGUUCUGUCCUCCUCCGGCCGCUCCGGGCCCAGUGCGGGGACGGCCGCGUGGGUAACCCUGGCGAAACGGAGCCGGAGGUCGGCACUCUCUGACCGCGGGGGGGGGGGGGGGGGG